UGAGAGUCUGGUCACAGUAGAACUCCAGCCUUCCUCCUCCUCCUCCUCUUCAUCCUUCUCCUCACUGCAGCGCUCAGCUCCACACACACACACACACACACACACACGGACACCUGCUUUUGAAGGAGCACCUGUGAAAAUUUGCCAUCAUGUCCUCAGUUCAGCAGAAACUCAUCAGUCCUCUGACCAGCGAGGCCGCCGAGCCUCCCAGGAACAAGGUGACGGUGGUGGGAGUGGGCAUGGUGGGCAUGGCCUGCGCCGUCAGCAUCCUGCUGAGGGACCUGUGUGACGAGCUGGCCCUCGUCGACGUGAUGGAAGACCGUCUGAAAGGGGAGAUGAUGGACCUGCAGCACGGCAGCCUCUUCCUCAAGACCUCCAAGAUCGUUGCUGACAAAGACUACGCAGUGACAGCUAACUCCCGCGUGGUCGUGGUGACGGCCGGUGUUCGCCAGCAGGAGGGAGAGAGUCGCCUCAACCUGGUGCAGAGGAACGUCAACGUCUUCAAGUCCAUCAUCCCCCAGAUCAUCAAGCACAGCCCCAACUGCACGCUCAUCGUCGUCUCCAACCCUGUGGACGUGCUCACCUAUGUCACCUGGAAGCUGAGCGGUCUGCCCAAGCACCGCGUCAUCGGCAGCGGCACCAACCUGGACUCGGCCCGCUUUCGCUACCUGAUGGCCGAGCGGCUCGGCAUCCACACCAGCUCCUUCAACGGCUGGGUGCUGGGCGAGCACGGAGACACGAGUGUGCCUGUGUGGAGUGGCGCGAACGUGGCCGGAGUCAACCUGCAGAAGCUGAAUCCUGACAUCGGCACAGACGCUGAUAAAGAGCAGUGGAAGGCCACACACAAGGCUGUUGUGGACAGUGCCUACGAGGUGAUCAAGCUGAAGGGCUUCACCAACUGGGCCAUCGGCCUGAGCGUGGCCGACCUGACCGAGAGCAUCGUCAAGAACAUGAGCCGCGUUCACCCCGUCUCCACCAUGGUCAAGGACAUGUACGGUAUCGACGAGCAGGUCUUCCUGUCUCUGCCCUGCGUGCUGAACAGCAGCGGCGUGAGCAGCGUCAUCAACAUGACGCUGACCGACGCCGAGGUGGCCCAGCUGAGGAAGAGCGCCGACACACUGUGGGGCAUCCAGAAGGACCUCAAGGACAUUUGAACAUACACAGCGGUGAUGCUGGAGCCAGCUGACGAGCACACACUCCUUUUAUAUUACACCCAUUUCUGUAUUUAAGACUAUGUUAGGACAUGUAAGGUCUGUAUGGGUCCUUGUGAUUUGGCUGUUUUUAGACCAGGAUCAAGCACAAUUGUCAAAAAGUGUCAUAGUCCCCCUCUUCCUCUUCCUCUUCUUCGUCCUCACUGCACAGUUUAUUUCAUCAACCGUGAGAAGGGAAAAAAGUACUAAACCAAACACACAGUGCUUCCCUGCCUAAAACAUUUAAAAAUAGUGUGGACGAGAGGAGGGACCUCACUGGCUAUAUCCAGCUCAAGUUGGUUUGAAGUCUGUCACUUUAUGUGUGUGAGAAAGUGUAACGUAAAUAAACUGAUGCUUGUGAGGA